ACAAUGGCGGAAAACAGCUCGCCGCUGCCGUCUGCGCCGGACGCGUUUGCCCCCACCGUCAACUGGGACGCCCUCCUGCAACCGCAGCAACACCAGCCAUCCUUCCUCCCUCCGCUGUCGUUCUUGACUGGCGGCGCUCCUUUCGGCUCGUCCGUCGCUGCGACUGCCCCUUGCGCCCUCCCCAACCCCGCCAUGAACGGCGCCCACAACACGCUCGUCAACAUCCCGUCCAUCAUGGACUUUGUGGGUGACACGUUUGACGUGCUCGAGCAGCAGGGCACCUUCCGCGACGACUCGUUUGACGCUGUGAUUGAGCAGCCGUUCAGCCCCUUGCCGCCAUUAGAGGAUCCCGAGGACAUUCUGCGUCAGCAGGGCUUUGCCCCGCACGCGUAUGGGUUUGCCGACGAGGACGACAACGACAGCGAUGCAGACUCGGCUGGCUCAGACUCGGACUCUGACGACAGCAAGCCAAAGCGCGGCAACAAGCGGUCGUCUGCUGCAGCCCGCCGCUUGGCUCCCGGCGCUGCCCAGGCUGCCGGCGUGCUGCUCGCAAGUGCCCCGCGCAAGUCAUCCGGCCCUCGAACGCUCCAGGACUUUAUGGACGAGCUCACCGAGGAGGAGCGCCGCGGCAUGGCGGCUGAAAAGAUGGACAUCAAGUAUGGCCAUCCUCUCACCAAGGCCGAAGAGCGCACCCUGAAGAAGCUGCGCCGCAAGGUCCGCAACAAGAUUUCGGCCCAAGAGUCGCGCAAGCGCAAGAAGGAGUACAUGUCGGGCCUGGAGGCGCGCGUCAACGUCUACACGAGCGCCAACGUGUCCCUCCGCGGCCGCGUCAACAAGCUCGAGGAGCGCAACCGCUCCUUGGCCGUGCAGGUGCGCAAGCUCCGCAAUCUGCUCGGCUCUGUGGCUUCUGCCGCGUCCACCACCGUCUCGACCAUCACUGGCGGUCUUGGCGCGAACGCUGGCCUGUUUGCGGGCGAAGACGCACUUUUGCCGACGAAUGUCGCGGACGUCAAGUUUGCCGCUGCAGAGUCUGGCGUCGCACCGGUCAAGGACGAGUUCUCGUCCAUGUCGACUGCCGCCGCUGCAGCAGCCCGCCGCGCGCCCGUCGGCUUUGGCCGUGUCUCGAAUGUCAGCAAGGGCGUCUGCUUGAUGAUGGUGUUGCUGUCCUUCUCCAUGUUUGGCUCGCUGCCACUGAACACGCGCGGCGGUGCUGGCCUGACUGGCAACGCCACGCUCGAUGCUGCGGCGCCGCUGCUGUCUGGCAGCUCGUCCGACAUGUACCGCAUCUCGCGCACGCUCAAGUCGUUCGAAAGCUCCAACAUGGUUGCGACCGUGCUGGCGAACGGCAACCAGCAGGAAGCGCUGACCGCAAUGCAGCACGUUCACUUGCGCGAGCCGCUCUCGGUUGUUCCGCCUGCCGCCUCGACUGCCACCAACGACAGUCAGCUCACCAGCACCAGUAACUCGCUCCCCGUUUCGAACGAGGUCACUGUGGCGCUCGAAGUGCUCCGUGCUCAGGCGCCUGCCAAGCUUGCCGCGCUCCUUCAGACAUCCGACGCCAAAGCCCUUGCUGGCGGCCUCCUUUCUCAAGCAGCGGGUGCAUCGCGUCUUUCCGCCGCUGCCCCCGCCAGUCUUGGCGCUGCCGCGACCCACGAGCGAGCCGCACUGGCUCGGUCUCCCGUGGAUGCUUUGAGUGGUUGA